UCCCGCAGGAUGAAGGAGUGGUGGGUGCAGGUGGGGCUGCUGGGGGUGCCCCUGCUGGCCGUGUACCUGCACAUCCCCCCCCCCCAGCCCUCGCCCCCCCUGCGCUCCUGGAGAGCCUCCGGAACCUUCUUCACCUACAAGGAGCAGAACAUCUUCUACAGAGACUCCGGCGGCGCCGUGGGCAGCUCUGACAUCGUGAUCCUCCUGCACGGCUUCCCCACGUCCAGCUACGACUGGAGCAAGAUCUGGGAGGGGCUGACCCAGCGCUUCCACCGGGUCAUCGCUCUGGAUUUCCUGGGAUUUGGCUUCAGUGACAAGCCCAGGCCCCACCGCUAUUCCAUCUUCGAGCAGGCCAGCGUUGUGGAGGGGCUGGCGCGGCACCUCGGCCUCCAGCACCACCGUAUCAACCUGCUGGCCCACGACUACGGCGACACGGUGGCCCAGGAGCUGCUCCACAGGUACGAACACAAUAAAACUGGGAGCAUCCUGAUCAACAGCCUCUGCCUGUCCAAUGGAGGGAUUUUUCCAGAAACCUACCACCCCAGGUUCAUCCAGAAGCUGCUCAAGGACGGGGGUCUCCUGUCCCCUCUCCUCCUGCGCCUCAUGAACUUCUUCUUCUUCUCCCAAGGGCUUGGAGCAGUUUUCGGGCCCCACACGCAACCCUCGCAGGCGGAAUUCUGGGACAUGUGGACGGCAGUGCGGAAUAACGACGGGAAUCUCGUCAUGGACAGUGUUUUGCAGUACAUCAACCAGAGGAAGCAGCACAGGGACCGCUGGGUCGGGGCUCUGGUGUCCUCCUCUGUCCCACUGCAUCUCAUCUAUGGCCCCCUGGACCCUGUGAAUCCACACCCGGAGUUUCUCCAGCUUUACAAGAAGGUGCUUCCCAUGUCCACGGUGUCCGUGCUGGAUGACCACAUCAGCCACUAUCCCCAGCUGGAGGAUCCCAUGGGAUUCCUGAACUCGUACCUCAACUUCAUCAACUCCUUCUGAGCCGCUGCUGCUGCUCCAGUUCUCGCUCCCUGCUUCCCACUCAGGCUUUGGGGGCAGGAAAACACCUCGGCUUUACCUCCCAGAUCCAGCCCUGG